UGAAAUAUCUCACCGCCCGCGCGCGCGCGCCGGCAAAUAUAUAUAAAGCAAUUGCAUUAGCAGCAGCUAGCUCAGUGCUGCCAAAGCUAGCUGAGCUGCACUGCACUGCACCACAGCAUAUAUCCAAGCAGCAGCUAGAAAGUAGAGGAAGCACCACUACGAUUACAUAUAUCCAAGCCAAGCGCCCUAGCUUGCUGGUGUUGUUGGUGCUCCGGCCGGCCCUCUCUCGUCUCCUUACUAGCUACCCGUCAUGGCGGCCAACUACCACCACUACCAGAUGGCGGUGCACGCGGCGGCGGCGGCGGCGGCGUGGAGGAGGGAGCCGGACAGCCCGCAGCUGAGCUUCGUGAGCGGGUGCAGCUCCCUCUUCUCCAUCUCCACGCUGCAGGACGACGACGACGACCGAGCCGCCGCCGUCGUCAUCGCCGCCGGCCACGCGCUGCCCUCCACGCCCGUCUCGCUCGCGGGCUUCGUCGGCGACGAGGUCGACAUGGAGGUGCAGCAGGCCAGCGGCGACGAUCGGAGGAGCAUCAGGAUGAUGAGGAACCGGGAGUCCGCGCUCCGCUCCAGGGCCAGGAAGAGGGUCAGUAUAGUAAACUCACUACACAAAAACAUGCAUACGUGGAGAACCUGGAGAAAGAGGUUCGCCGGCUAGUGGAUGACAACUUGAAGCUCAAGAAGCAGUGCAAAGAGCUGAAACGGGAGGUAGCGGCACUGGUCCUCCCAACCAAGAGCUCACUUCGGAGAACCUCAUCCACCCAAUUCUGAAGGGGCGAAGGGAAAUGAAAUAUAUAGAUUUAUAUAUUUGGUGGUAGCAGUAGCAGUACAAAGUUAAGAUCGAGAAGGAAUAUGGUUGUUGGACUUGUGCUGUGUGCAUUUUUUCAGUGCCAGUGUGUGUCGGUGUGUGAAGCAGGGGCAAGGGGACAUAUAUAUGAAUUAGGCAAUGUGCUAUGACCUA